AGUGUGGAGACGUUAGUUACGUCGGCAUGAGAGGCAGACAUACAAGCAGCUUCAGAGAGCUGGGUUUUGUGAUAACGGGGGAAGAAAACUAUUACUUAAGCACUCUUCGCUGUUCCUUGCAGGCAGCACGAUGCCACGACGUGUCAGUUUUGUUGCUUGUAACGUAGGGUGAAGAGAAGGAGCUUGCUAGUUAGCUAGCACAAUUUAGCCACAGAGUCUGACAGCCAACGUCAGUAGCCUGCAACGUUAGCUAGUUAAGUACUUUCCUUUGAAUAAGAAUAAGCAAUCAUGACACAGAAAGUCAAGCUGUGUUCAGUCUCCCUUGGAGUGGAGGGUAUGACUUGUGGGUCUUGUGUCCAGUCUAUAGAGCAGCGCAUCGGGUCUCUUCCUGGAGUGAUACAUAUAAAGGUUUCUUUAGAGCAGAAGAAUGCCACUGUCAUAUUUGACCACAGCCAACACAGCCCAGAGUCUCUGUCUGAGGCCAUCGAGGACAUGGGCUUUGAAUCAAGUCUUUCAGAGUCCAGUGCAGCCACACCCGUCUCUACAGAUACCCAGCUUAUACCCACCUCAGGCCUGACACAUACAGCGCAACAGGAGGCUUUGGAGAAGCUAUCUCAGAUUCAAGGAGUUCUGGAUGUCCGAGAGAGCCCGGGCCAGAUGGGUCUCACUGUCACCUUUGUUCCCUCCCUGACUUCUUCGCAGCAGCUGAGUGAGAAGGUGACCAGCGUAAUGCCUGUGGAGAUGCCCACACCCAGCAGCCCAAUGCAAAAAGACCCAACCAUGUCCCCAUCUCACACCACAGGAAGUGGGGUGACACUCCUGAAGUUGCGCAUUGAAGGAAUGACUUGUCACUCCUGCACGACCACUAUUGAAGGAAAGAUAGGAAAACUGAAAGGAAUUGAAAAGCUCAAAGUUGUUUUAGAGACUCAGGAAGCUACAAUCGUGUACCUGCCUUACCUCAUCACUGUCCAAACUAUCAUCGACCAGAUUGCUGUGGCCGGCUUCAAGGCGUCUGUCAAGUCCAAGCCUCGCCCUCUGCAGCUGUCCCCCAGCGAAAUCGAACGUUUUAUUGACUCUCAAAAACCAACAGGUUCUACUGUGUCAGAGACAUCAGAGGAGAAAGAAAUCUUCAUAGACACGACACUUGUUACGCUCAGGGUGAAAGGCAUGCACUGCCGUUCAUGUGUGGUCAAUAUCCAAGACAAUAUCUCUAUGCUGCCUGGUGUCUCCUCUGUGGAGGUCUGUCUGGAGAAGGAGAAGGCCUCCAUCUGCUAUGAUCCUCAAAAGGUCACAGUUAAUCAGUUGCAGCAGGCAAUUGAAGCGCUGCCUCCAGGAAACUUCAAGAUUCAACCCUGGGACUCCUCUGGCCCUCUCAGUCCUGUAUCCAUAUCUCCCACGCCUGCCUUAAUAUCACCUCGGUCUGCAGGAGCAAGUCAGGCCAACCCUGCUGCCUCACAGCCUUGUUUUACCCAGCCUCUGGCAUCUGAAGUUAAUAUUCACAUCGAGGGCAUGACAUGCAACUCCUGUGUCCAGACCAUUGAAGGCAUGAUCUCCCAAAGGAAGGGGGUAAUGUCAGCCCAGGUCUCUCUGGCUGAUCACCAGGGGAUCUUUGAGUAUGAUCCUCUCCUGACUUCACCAGAGGAGCUGAGGGAGGCCAUAGAGGACAUGGGCUUUGAUGCCUUCCUACCUGAGACAAAUUCUCUGCUGCCUGCACCCAAUCCCAGCCUCUCUAAAUCUUCGAGUCUAGUACCUGUGAAAGAUAAGGAGCUGGACAUAGACCUGCACAAAGAAACCCCCCAGGGACGCAGCGGCGACGCAUACUCUAAAUGCUACAUCCAGAUCGGAGGGAUGACCUGCGCUUCCUGUGUGGCAAACAUUGAGCGAAACCUCAAGAAUGAAACUGGUAUCUACUCGGUUUUGGUAGCACUAAUGGCCAGUAAAGCAGAGGUGCGUUAUAACCCUGAACUCAUGGACCCUGUGAAGAUAGCUGAGUGUGUGAAAGAGCUGGGCUUCACCGCCUCUGUGAUGGAGAACUAUGAAGGUUCAGAUGGAAACCUAGAACUAGUGCUCAGGGGAAUGACGUGCGCCUCUUGUGUUCACAAAAUCGAAUCCAGCCUGAUGAGAGAAAAGGGGAUUAUAUAUGCCUCUGUUGCCUUGGCAACCAACAAGGCACACAUUAAGUACGACUCUGAAAUUAUUGGGCCGCGAGACAUCAUCAAGCUGAUUGAGAAUCUGGGUUAUGAAGCAUCUUUGGUAAAGAGAGACCGCAGUGCCAGUCACCUGGACCACAGCAAAGAGAUACGACAGUGGAGGAAAUCUUUCCUGGUGAGCUUGUUUUUCUGCGUGCCUGUGAUGGGCAUGAUGACCUACAUGAUUAUUAUGGACCACCAGAUGAGUGUUUCACAUCAGCACAACACCACAGUGGAGGACCGCAACCAGUACCACUCCACCAUGUUCCUGGAGAGACAGCUGCUUCCAGGCCUCUCCAUUAUGAACCUUCUCUCCUUCCUCUUUUGUGUGCCUGUACAGUUUAUCGGAGGUCGCUACUUCUACAUUCAAGCCUACAAAGCACUCAUACACCGAUCUGCCAACAUGGAUGUACUAAUAGUCCUGGCUACCACCAUAGCCUUCACCUACUCAAUGAUUGUCCUAAUAGUGGCCAUGGUGGAGAAGGCAAAAGUCAACCCCAUCACCUUCUUCGACACACCGCCCAUGCUCUUUGUCUUCAUCUCCCUGGGACGCUGGCUGGAACAGAUAGCCAAGAGCAAGACAUCUGAGGCUUUGUCCAAGCUGAUGUCUCUACAAGCAACUGAGGCCACGGUGGUCACUCUGAGCAGUGACAAGUCUAUUCUCAGUGAGGAGCAGGUCGAUGUGGAGCUGGUGCAGAGGGGUGAUGUGGUGAAAGUUGUUCCUGGAGGGAAGUUUCCAGUAGAUGGGAGGGUCAUCGAGGGACACUCCAUGGCCGACGAGUCUCUCAUCACAGGUGAGGCCAUGCCAGUGACUAAGAAGCUUGGAAGCUCUGUGAUCGCGGGCUCCAUUAACCAGAAUGGCUCUCUGCUCAUCAGUGCAACACAUGUUGGCAUGGACACCACGCUGUCUCAGAUUGUCAAACUAGUGGAGGAGGCUCAGACUUCAAAGGCUCCCAUCCAGCAGUAUGCGGAUAAGAUCAGUGGCUACUUUGUACCCUUUAUUGUUGCCGUAUCUGUCCUUACGCUGUUCGCCUGGAUCGCCAUUGGGUUUUUAGACUUCUCUCUAGUGGAAAAGUACUUUCCUGGUUACGACAAGAGCAUUUCCAGGGUCGAGGCAGUGAUCCGGUUCGCCUUCCAGGCCUCCAUCACAGUAUUAUGCAUCGCCUGUCCCUGUUCCCUUGGCUUGGCAACCCCGACAGCUGUCAUGGUUGGCACAGGGGUUGGAGCCCAAAAUGGCAUCCUAAUAAAGGGAGGAGAGCCACUUGAGAUGGCACAUAAGGUCCAGUCGGUGGUGUUUGAUAAGACUGGAACCAUCACAUAUGGUGCCCCGAAGGUUAUCCAAGUCAAGAUCGUUGUGGAAGGGAACAAGAUGCCUCGUUCACGACUGCUGGCCAUCGUGGGUACAGCUGAAAACAACAGUGAACACCCUCUGGGAGCAGCUGUCACCAAAUAUUGCAAACAGGAGCUUGGCACAGAGGCUCUGGGCACAUGCACAGACUUUCAGGCAGUGCCCGGCUGUGGCAUCCGAUGUCAGGUCAGCAACACAGAGACCCUGCUGAGAGAGGGGGACAGCGACAGUGAGGAUAACAACCAGCGCAACAAUGUACUCGUGCAGAUCAGUGACCCUCGGAUGUCCACCAGCUCCCAUCCACUCAUCAUGGACCCACAGCCACUAAGCCUUGCCCAGACAUCCACCUAUGUUGUCCUGAUUGGCAAUAGAGAGUGGAUGAGGCGAAACUGCCUGCAGAUCAGACCAGAUAUAGACGAUGCUAUGAUGGAGCAUGAGCGCAGAGGACGCACUGCUGUCCUGGUAGCUGUAAACAAUCUGCUGUGUGCGAUGAUAGCCAUAGCGGACACAGUGAAACCAGAGGCUGAGCUGGCAGUACGCACUCUGACCAACAUGGGUCUGGAAGUUGUGCUGAUGACCGGAGACAACAGCAAGACGGCACGAGCCAUUGCUGCUCAGGUGGGCAUCAGGAAGGUGUUUGCUGAGGUGCUGCCCUCCCACAAGGUGGCAAAGGUGGAACAGCUGCAGCAGGCAGGAAAGAGAGUAGCCAUGGUGGGUGACGGUGUCAACGACUCACCCGCUCUGGCCAUGGCUGACGUGGGCAUCGCCAUUGGAACUGGGACAGAUGUGGCCAUAGAGGCAGCAGAUGUGGUGUUGAUCAGGAAUGACCUCCUGGAUGUGGUGGCCAGCAUUGACCUCUCUAAGAAGACCGUCAAGAGGAUCAGGAUUAACUUUGUAUUUGCUCUCAUCUACAACCUGGUUGGCAUUCCUAUCGCUGCUGGUGUAUUCCUUCCCGUUGGUCUGGUGUUACAGCCAUGGAUGGGCUCUGCUGCGAUGGCGCUGUCAUCAGUCUCUGUGGUUUUGUCCUCUCUUCUACUCAAAUGUUACACUAAGCCCAGUGCUGAGAAGUUGGAGGCCAGACUGGGUAACUGCAGGCGGCAAGGCAGCCUGUCCGACGUCAGCGUUCACAUCGGCAUGGGCGAGAUGCGUCGUCCUUCCCCCAGACUCAGCCUGUUGGACCGCUUUGUCAACUACAGCCGUGCCUCCAUCAACUCCCUGCGCUCUGACAAGCACUCACUCAACAGCUUGGCACUCAGUGAGCCCGACAAACACUCACUGCUGGUGGGGGAGGCGCUGUGUGAGGAGGAACUGUGCUGAAUCCGUACAGCUCACACGGGCCAGCGACCAUUUUCAGAGUUGAAGUAGAAAGUAGCUACGUGUGUUCGAGGCUAGGCCAUGCUAAGCUGAAAGGGUUACAUUCAAUAACAGCCUAUCCUUCUGCUGUAGGUGCCUCGGGGCAGCACUGCUGACUUGAAAAAAAGCUUACAUGCCCCUUGUUUUCUUUCAACCAGCUGAUCACAUGCACUUCAGAGCACAUUGGGGUGGUUUUCCUCUCUUACAGUUGCAGACUUUUGUUGAGGUCACUGCCCUCGGGCACACUCUUUGAGCAACCCUUUCAUCCUGUGACACUCUCUCUGUGCAGAAGCAUGAAGCAUCUAAAGCGCCUUGAAGCAGGUGUCCACAUCUAGGAAGCAGAGUGAUGAGCAGCUCUGCCACUGUGCUUGUUUGCCAGUACAAUCUUUAACAUCUAUCCAAAGAAAUUUUAACAGUGGUGGCUCUUGUAAGAGUAGACACUACAGUUGUAUUUUAACUAAUGUUCCUUAUAUGGAAAAUUAUAACACUGUUGUAUAAUUAUAUAUUGUAUUUAUAUUACCUUUAUUUAUCUUUUUUUCAUUAUAUAUCGUGAAAAUUGAAGCUGUUGAAUCCAAAUGCCAAUUUUUAAUUUUUAGUCUCUUUAAAUGUGUAAUUACUGAGUAAGGUAGGGCAUAAAACUCGGCAAUCAAAAGAAGUAUUGCAACUCGCUACAAACAGAUUUUUGUGCAGAAUGCUAACGGAGUGAGUUGUAAAGGUCAAUGUUUCCCAAGUGCCAAUCAAAAUGCCACCUUGGCAAAGUACAACACAUUCCAAAGAUAGCACUGUACAGAGGUGACCUUGGACUUCAAGUGCGCAAAGUGUGAACAGAGAUAAGGUCAAUGACUCAGAGACCUGAAGAAGGUUGACUGUGAAUGUUGACGCCAACUAUAGAGGACUCUUUUUUUCGUUAGUUGUGUCGACCCCUCUUUAUCUUUGGUUUAUCAUAAAAGAUGUCUGUCCGUGAAUGCGAAGGUGUUUUGCUGUUAAACAGAAGUUGUUACAUGGAUGAGAUGUUCUUGCAUUACUUCAUUUGCUUGUUGCAAAAGGAAGGUUUUGUGUUGUGAAGCAGUAUGUUAUGAAGAGGCCAAAUUGUAAUGGCUUUUGUGUUCUUUCACACUAGGCAAGAUGUUACUGUUUCUAAGAAUUACUUUCAGUGAUAGAAUGUUAAAUUCUCUGCUUUUUCCAUAUGAUUCACACUUCAAACCCAGGAGGAGCCGUAAAUACAGCAGGAUCAGCUCACUAAACACAGCUGUGUCCCAGCAGUUACACCAAACAAGUCACUGGGAGACGGAUGACGAAUUUAGCAGAUUGUUUCAUAAAGAUCACGUGUAAAAUUGAGGUCAACUAGUAAAUUUUGCAAUUGAUUUUUCUCGUUAAAUUAUUAAAGAUUUUAUUUGCAUUACUAUCUGCUGUAUCAAAUCAGGAGAUAACCAUUACAGUCCAGCUAUUCCUUGCUUUUGUGUCUUAACCUCGCUAGUAUUUCUCACUGAUUAUGAAAGAGCCAUCAGUUUGUCCUCCCGCUGUCUCAUGAUGCAUUAUGUUCUGUAGCAGUCGCAGCUUGCUGAGUGCAGUUAUGCCAAUCUGUUGUUUUUGUGCAUUGCUUUGUAAAGACGUCCACAGGGCUUCAUGUCUGUGUGCAGUCAAGUUAAGCAAGUCCAUGUAUGCUGUUUUUCAUAGUUCUUGUGAACAUUAUGUGCCUUGGAAUAAAACACCUUUCUAAUGUCA